GGCGGCCGCAGAGGCAUGCUUCUCCCGCUCGGACUUCUCUUGUCGCUCGCCGCCCUCGCCGCCCUCCCCCCAGAGGCCGCGGCGCGGGGGCGGGGCUGGGGGUCGCUGCAGCCACAGCCACAGCCGCUGGGCCACGUCCGGCCGUGCGAGCCGCGAGACUACGGCCAGGGCUCCGUCGUGUGCGUGUGCAACGCCACCUACUGCGAUGACGUGCCCAGGCCGCGGCCGUCGCCACCGGGCGUGGCCGUCAUGUACGCGUCCAACAAGGAUGGCCUGCGCUUCGAGCGCUCCGAACUGGCGUUCGACGCCAAGGGAACGACGCGCGGCUCCAACCCCGCCUUCACAGUCACCAGCAACGUGCGCUUCCAGGCCAUCAUCGGCUGGGGCGCCACCGUCACGGACUCCACGGGCAUCAACCUCAAGGCCCUGAGCGAGGACGCGCGACGAAACCUCAUCGAAUCGUACUUCUCGGAGGACGGCAUCGAGUACAACAUCCUGCGCAUUCCGAUCGGCGGCACCGACUGCUCCACCCACAAGUACACCCUGCACGACGCGCCCGAGGACGCCGCCCUCGGCAACUUCAGCCUCGCCUUCGAGGACCACGAGUACAAGCUGCCGUUGCUGCGGGAGGCGCGCGAGGCCGUGCCCGCGGACCGCCCCCUGCAGCUGCUGGCCAGUGCGUGGACGGCGCCGCCAUGGAUGAAGACCAACAACGACUACACGGGCUUCGGCUUCCUCAAGACGGAGCACUACCAGACCUGGGCCAACUACCACCUCAAGUUCCUGGACGCGUACGAGGCGGAGGGCUUCCACUUCUGGGGCCUGACGACGGGCAACGAGCCCAUGAACGGCGUGGUGGGGCCGCUCAUCCGCUUCAACUCCAUGGGCUGGACGCCCUUCCAAAUGCGCUCCUGGGUCGGCGACUACCUGGGCCCCACACUGCGCGGCCCGGACCGGCGCGCCUCCAAGCACGCCGACGUGCGCAUCCUCACCCUGGACGACCAGAGGAUCGACCUGCCCUGGUGGACAGACAUAGUGUUCUCCUACAAGAACGCCUCGGCAUACGUCGACGGCAUCGCCCUGCACUGGUACACCAACUACUUCACCCCGCUGCUGGGGCUCGACAUGUCCCACGAGAACCACCCGGACAAGUUCAUCCUGGGCACGGAAGCGAGCAGUGGCUUCAACAACUGGGACUUCCGGAAGGUGAUCCUGGGCUCCUGGAAGCGCGCCGAGGACUACAUCGUCGACAUUCUGGACGACUUGAACCACUGGGUGACGGGCUGGAUGGAGUGGUCCCUCGUCCUGGACAUGGAGGGCGGCCCCAGCUGGUCCGGCAACUUCGUCGACACGUCCAUCCUGGUGGACGCCGAGAACGACGAGUUCGUCAAGCAGCCCACCUUCUACGCCAUCGGGCACUUCUCCAAGUUCCUGGCGCCGGGUUCUGUGCGCGUCAAGGUGGAGCCCGAGUCCUCGCAAGGCGUCCGCACCGUGGCCUUCGCGCGCCAGGACGGCGCCACCGUCGUCAUCUUCUUCAACUCCAAAGACGCCAACAAGACCGUCACGGUGUCCGACGUGUUCCGCGGCGCCAUGCAGAUCCCCCUGACGCCGAGGUCCAUCAACACGGUGCUGUACUGGUGAAGGCGGGGGUAGCAAAUAAACAUCGACAGCGUAGAUGCGUUACGA